AUGACCAACUGUUGGACUGUGUGGGACUGUCAAGGCUCCUCUGUGAAGGAGAGGCAGGGCUCUCUGUGGACCAUGAACCGCUACACCACGCUGAGGCAGCUGGGGGACGGCACGUAUGGAAGCGUGGUACUGGGAAAGAGCAACGACACUGGGGAGCUGGUGGCCAUAAAGAGGAUGAAGAGGAAGUUUUAUUCUUGGGAUGAGUGCUUGAAUCUAAGAGAGGUGAAGUCACUGAAGAAGCUGAACCACGCCAACGUGGUGAAACUGAGGGAGGUCAUCAGAGAAAAUGACUACCUCUACUUUGUCUUUGAGUACAUGAAGGAAAACCUCUAUCAGCUCAUGAAAGAAAGGGAAGAUAAGAUGUUUUCUGAAAAUGAGAUAAGGAACAUUCUGUUCCAGGUUUUGUCUGGCUUAGCAUUUGUGCACAAGCACGGGUAUUUUCAUCGCGAUAUGAAGCCGGAGAACCUGCUCUGCAUGGGCCCAGAGCUGGUUAAGAUUGCUGAUUUUGGACUCGCCAGAGAAAUCCGCUCGCAGCCACCGUACACUGAUUACGUGUCCACAAGAUGGUACCGAGCCCCAGAAGUUCUGCUGAAAUCUAACUCAUACAGCUCACCCAUCGACAUUUGGGCAGUUGGAUGCAUCAUGGCGGAGCUGUACACACUCAGACCUUUGUUCCCUGGAAACAGCGAGGUGGACGAGAUCUUCAAGAUCUGUCAGGUGCUGGGAACGCUGAAGAAGUCUGACUGGCCUGAGGGCUACAACCUGGCCACCUCCAUGAACUUCCGCUUCCCAAAGUGCGUCCCCACCAGCCUCAGGUCGCUGAUCCCCAACGCCAGCAAUGAGGCGAUCACGCUGAUGAAAGACAUGCUGCAGUGGGACCCUGAGAAGAGACCAAGUGCUGCUCAGGCUCUACGGUAUCCAUAUUUCCAUGUCGGCCAGACGCUCGGUGCUCCUCUGAAGGCUCAGGCGAAGCUGUCCGAGGCGGCUGCAGAAACAAAGCCUCUGUCCCUCUGUAAGACGGACCUAGAGACCAGUGAAUCCAGUAGGACGCAGACCUGCAGCCAGUCUCUCCAGCAGCCUCUUCAGCAGAUACUUCUACCUCUGGACAACACUGAGCCAAACACAAAGCAUGAGGGGCAGCAGGAACCUCUCAGCCUGGUGAAAACCAGUAAACCCACCAGCUGGCAGGCUCCUACAAGAGCAGCAGGAGCAGAGAACAGCAUAACCAGAGUGAGGACAGGACGGCGACGAUGGGGCCAGACGUCCUUCAAGUCUGUGGACAGCUGGGACGACGGUGAGGACGCAGACGCUGGAGUCUCAAUCUCCAAAAAACCCACCAUCAGCUCUCUGAAGGACAGGGACGGGCCCAGCUGUCGAUUUCCGGAGUCAAAGAUCAACACGAAGGUGCCGGGGAGCAGCGGGCUGAACCGAAACGACUCCACCGCCACGUCUGCCAAGCAGCACUACCUCCGCCAGUCCAGAUAUCUGCCCGGCACAAAUCCCAAAAACAACGUCUCGGUGGGACGCCAGCUGGUCAGCAGAAACCUGUGGGGCGACUCGUGUUUGACCCGCGGAAAGAUGCUGGAGUUAAAUAAAGACACUAUUCUUCUUAAUCGUACAGAUAAGCAGCUUCUAAAAGAAAAGACUCUGGAGGAUCUGGAUCCGUACAAAGACUCUUUCCUGAGCAGCAACACAAACAAGAGGACUGAAACAGGAGCAGGCAGACAGAGGAUUAUCCUGGCACCGAUCGCCUCUGCAGUUGAUCUCAGAGUUGAAUCUAAAAUCAAAUCUUCCAAGAGCAAGACCUCCGCACAUAAACUACCGCUCUCACAUGAAGAACACGAAGGCUGGAGGAGCAGAGCUCUGAAUCCUGCAGGGAGGAACACGUUUCCCAGGAGCGCAAACGUCCCGCCGGUGCACGGACGCGUCGACUGGACCGCCAAAUAUGGAGGCCACCAGUAG